CAUGCAGUACUUAGACCGUGUAUUCGCAAAAACAACUCCUCUCUUUAAUCUCCCCCCGUUUCCCUCACGACCCGCUAGGCUGUCUUUUGCAGCCCUCCCACAAUGCCUGUUCUGCCGAGGAUCACUGUGGCCACAAGAAGACCUUGGGGACUACGCUGGCGGUCUUCUGUAUGGUUUGUCACCGCCGUCGUCAGUCUUGGUAUCACGACGGACCUACUCGUCUAUUCGAUCAUUAUUCCAGUCAUCCCUUUCCAACUGCAGCGUCUGCAAUAUAAGAGCGUAUCUGCACUCACAGGAUGGUUGCUGUGCGCAUACUCCGCCGGCCUCGUUCUCUCAACAAUUCCAAUUGCCGUUUAUUCCGAAAAAAGCAGUAGUAGGAGGAUACCCCUCACUAUCGGUCUCAUCGCCCUCAUCAUAUCUCAAAUUCUCAUGAUGUUGGCGCCAAAUUAUGCCCUUAUGGCUGUUGCCAGAGUAUCCCAGGGUAUCAGUUCCUCCAUGAUAUGGGUCGUCGGCCUCGCUCUACUAUGCGACACCACACCGGAGCACAAGGUUGGAAGGCAACUGGGCAUCGCGAUGACUGGCUUGCCUGUGGGCCUGCUUGUUGGCUCACCCGUGGGAGGUGCACUUUAUUCUCGUUUUGGCUUCCACGGACCGUUCAUUUUCGGAUCAAUAUGCGCGGCAUUGGAUCUCCUUGCCCGUCUUCUUGUGAUCGAAAGACAUGAAGCUAUUGCAUGGGGCGUCGAUCCAUGGGCUGUGUAUCACCCACCAGCUGGAUCGGCGUCGGCGGCCUGUUUGGUAACAGACGUACAACGUCCACCGACUUCCAUGCCAUCAGAUUCUGUCCUGACGGUGACGACAGCGAUAUCUGACCAAACAAAUGUUUUGGAACUUGGACUUAUCACACCUGAAUCACCACGUCGUCGGUCGUUGGCUGGGAUGCUACAAGAUUCCGAAGCCGCCCUUGUGCGGAAACCUUCUUCUCUGCUUUCUGUUAUUACCGAUUUACUGCGGUCGCCUCGUGCUCUCACCGCCCUGUUCAUGUCGUUGGUUUAUGGUGUUGUGAAUAGCAUGGAGGAGCCAACCUUGCCAUUACACUUACAAGCUGUAUGGGGCCUUGAUUCCAGUCAAGUUGGUCUGGUGUACCUCGCUGCUUUCAUACCAGCUCUGAUCUCGUCGCCUAUCGCCGGCUGGCUAGCUGACCGCAUAGGAACAGACUACAUUACUGUACUCUGCUUAGCCUUUACAGCGCCAUGGUGGCUAGUGCUGACACUGCGAAAAUCCUUGGCUUUAUUUAUCACGUCUUUGGCUAUACAAAGUUUCUUUGUCGGUGGGGUUGUCCCACCAGUCACUUCCGAGCUGGCUGCCGUGUCACGGAACAUGGAGGGCGUAGGGUAUGCACAUGUAUAUGGAGCGUUCAAUCUUGCAUUCGGAAUUGGCACCGCAGUUGGCCCUGUGAUCGGCGGACAGAUUUACGACCAUGUCAGGCGUGGAUGGGUAGCGAUCUGUGUCAUAACGGUAGCACUAAUUAUGAUGUGCAUCAUACUCGCCUUCUGCUAUACGGGGCCGGAUCCCUUGCUUUCAAAGGUCUUCCGACCCCACGUUGCAUCUAAUGAUCAGGAAACAUCACCGCCGAAGAAACAGACGUUGGAGCCACCUGCGCGAGAGUAGGAUUGGGCCGUAGUCAAGCUUUUGGACCCUCUUCAAUAAUAUAUACCUACGUGGUCAGAUAGCCUAGAAUCCCUCCUUGUUUUUCUUAGGAAGUACUUUAAUGCCGCGUUUGGUUGUACAAAGCAUCCCGGGUUACAAAUGUGCAUGAUGAUUGUUAAUACU